UCUUCAAGGCAUCGGUAACGGAUCGCCGCUAUAAGCUGUGGUAACCACCCCGGAGAUCACGGCAGUGAUGGCGCUGCGCAACCAUGUGAGCUGCGCUGGUGGCAGGGCGGUGCUGCGCAUCAUAGAGGAGGAGGGGCUGCAGGGGAAGUGCAGAGGCUGCAAGGGUUGAAGGGGAAACAUGAGGGUGAGUGGGUUGGUGAGUGGAUGAGAGAGUGAGGGAGGGAAACUUGUGGUUGAAGUGGAGAUGCACACUUUUCUAGGGACACCUGUGAGCUGCGCUGCUGGCAGUGGAGCUGGUCACAGUGAGGACGGUGAACGCUUCCCUGUCUUCAUCUCUCCAAUCCCUUUCCCUGUCUUCAUCUCUCCAAUCCCUUUCCCUGUCUUCAUCUCUCCAAUCCCUUUCCCAGUUUUCAUUGGUACUUUCUCUUCACUCCGUCACCUCCCGUCCACCAGUGGUGAGAGUUGUGAAGGGCGCAGGCUUAGUGCUGGGAGUGGAGCUGGUCCUGUACGAACCUUCCCGUGCCAUCAUCUCUCCCCCCCCCACCCCCACCCUUGCUGGUUGCCAUCCCACGUAAUGGGAGGGGAGCAGGUCUGAUGCUGGCAGCAGAUACACACACUGACAGGGUCACCGGAACUCUUUAGACUCAACUCGCUUUCCCUGACUCCCGCAUCAUAGAGUCUAGUUUUGAGGCGCCUCAAGACUAGAUUCCCCCUUGCUCAUGUCCACCCAACAGUGGUUGGUGAUGUGAGAGGAGCGGAUCUCAUGCUGGGAUUGCAGCUGGUGACAGGCAGGGCCUACUGCUAACCACCUCUCCCUUGUGUGCGCGGAUCUCACGCACGUUCCUCCCUGCAGUGAUCGGAGACAUGACGGGAACAGGUCUGAUGCUGGGGGUGGAGCUGGUGGCAGACAGGGCGGCCAGGACCCUCUAUCUUCAUCUCUCCUCCACCGUGCUCGUUCUCAUCCCACCCCCUGUGAUUGGAGACCGGGGGGGGGCAGGGCUGAUGCAGGGGGUGGAGCUGGUGGCAGAUACGGCGACUAAGACUCCCGCCAAGGCAGAGACGCUGCAAGCAUUCGAGCGUCUCAAAGCUCUGGGCCUCAGUGCCAUUCUCUUUGCUUCGUCCCUUGAAUCUGCUGCAGACCUGGGAGUGCUGGUGGGUGAGGGAGGGCACAUGAAAGAGUGAACCUCAUCAUUUGCCUCAUGCUCUCCCCCCCAUCCAUUGCAUGCUGCAGACCUGGGAGUGCUGGUGGGUGAGGGAGGGCACAUAAAGGAAUGAACCUCAUCAUUUGCCUCAUGCUCUCCCCCCCAUCCAUUGCAUGCGGCAGACCUGGGAGUGCUGGUGGGCAAGGGCGGGUACCAUGGGAAUGUGUUCCGUAUCAAACCACCCAUGUGCUUCACCAAGGAUGAUGCAGGUACGGGCCUACCGAGGCUCAUGUGGGUACUGACCUACCGAGGCUCAUGCAGGUAUAGAUUUACCAAGGCUGAUGCAGGUAUGGACCUACCGAUGUUUAUGCAGGUACUGACCUAACAAUGUUGAUGCAGGUACUGACCUACCGAGGCUGAGGUACAGACCAAUCGAUUCUCAUGCUGGCAAGCUGCCUCAUCCCCACACUAUCCUCCGAGUCCCAUCCAGGAAGGAGAUUAGGGUGGAGUGAGGCUGGCACGCAGGUGCAUGCUGUCACUUGUGACAGUCGGUGAACCCGGCUCAUCUCUGCCAUGGCACAUGGCGAAUGCUGCCUUCGUGGCGAAGACGUGUUUUGGAAUUCACAUCUAGCUCUCGCCCUGUGGAUAUGACAUUGAGAGAAUGAAUGCACCAUGUCAAUCGUUGUAAACAUCCAUCACGCCAAUGUCCUUGGACUUGCCAGAUUGGCAUCGUCAAGUGGAUAUUACUGCUAAGACUAGAAAGAAUGAAUAGAAGAAGGGAGUGUUA